GACAUAUCAUUACCAUAUGAUCUACUGUGGGUGUCAGCCUAGAUUCUGUUCAUUGCGGGAAACCUUACUUUUUUAACUGUGCUAUGGAAUAGAAGAUGCAGGAGGGUUUUCCACCAAAUGACAGGCACUGAGCAGUAAACUACCCCUCCUUCUUUCCACACCUGCACUGUCUUCUGCCUGGCUUGAAUAUUUUAGUUUAAUUGCAUCUCAACUCUGAGGGCGCCUGUUGCAAAUCCCUGGAUUAAAAGAUUCACUGCUGCUCUCUUGAAUAGAUGAACUAAACCAUGAAGGUAGCUGUUUUCUUCCUUCUCAUCCUGCCCCUUUGCUUGGCCAAGUCAAUCGAUAAAACAGUCUUGUUUGACUUUAUGAUUGAAGAUGAAGCAGGUUCUGGAACUACCGAUGCUCCAGAUAUUUAUCCUCCAGAGCAAGGCCCAGUAUGUCCAUUCCGCUGUCAAUGCCAUCUUCGGGUUGUGCAGUGUUCUGAUUUAGAUCUGGAUAAAGUUCCAAAGGAUCUUCCCUCAGAUACUACUCUACUGGACCUACAGAACAAUAAAAUCACUGAAAUAAAAGAUGGAGAUUUCAAGAACUUGAAGGAGCUUCAUGCACUGAUCCUUGUUAACAACAAAAUCAGCAAAAUCAGCCCUGGAGCUUUUCUUCCACUCAACAAACUGCAAAGACUUUACCUUUCUAAAAACACCUUGAAGGAACUUCCAGAAAAUAUGCCCAAAAGCUUGCAAGAGCUACGGGCACAUGACAAUGAAAUAAACAAACUAAGGAAGGCUGUCUUCAGUGGACUGAAUAAUAUGAUUGUUGUAGAACUAGGCAGCAAUCCAUUAAAAAGCUCGGGUGUAGAAAAUGGAGCCUUUCAAGGGAUGAAGAGACUCUCUUACAUCCGUAUUUCAGAUACCAAUAUAACUACUGUCCCUAAAGGUCUUCCCACAUCUCUCACAGAACUUCAUCUUGAUGGCAACAAAAUCAGCAAAGUUGAUGCAGAUAGUCUAAAUGGACUCACCAAUUUGGCUAAACUCGGACUCAGUUUCAAUAACGUUGCUAGUGUGGAUAAUGGCUCUCUAGCUAAUGUGCCACAUUUGAGAGAACUACAUUUAAACAACAAUGAACUUGCCAAAGUACCUCCUGGGCUGGGAGAACACAAGUACAUACAGGUGGUCUACCUUCACAACAAUAAAAUUGCUGCCAUCGGCCCCAAUGAUUUUUGUCCUCCUCGAUACAACACCAAAAAGGCUACUUAUUCAGGAGUGAGUCUGUUUAGUAACCCUAUACAAUACUGGGAAAUCCAACCAUCCUCUUUCCGAUGUAUCUAUGAACGUUCUGCAAUACAACUUGGAAAUUACAAAUAGAUGCAUUAAUGUAUUUCCACAAUAAAUACCUGUUGCCUGUUAAAAUGUUUGCUAACAUUAAAGCCAAAUACUGGAAACUUAACUGCAGAGUGGAUAUCAUUAUACAUGUAAAAAACCUAACAGAUCAUUCCAAGUCAAAAUUGUUGAAUUUACUAUGUUUUACUACAUUGUCAGUAUGUGGUAUAUUUCUGUGUUAUCUAUCAAUUAGCUGAUUGCAAUAGAUUUCUAUAUUCCACUGUGCAUGAGAUCUGGGGUAAAUAUUUGUCAGGCUUUUCAUAAUUAGAAAUUAUAUAGAUGGUGGUAUUUAGAGCAACACAAAGAAAUUAUUUGGAGGAAAAAAAGAUGAAACUUUCAGUAUAUAUAUUAUAUAUAAUUAUUCUCUGGAAAAAAUAAUCAGCUGAAGCCUCAGUCAAACUUCCUAGGCCUAAAACCUGAAUGUAGGUACCAGUGUACUUAUAUAACAUGAGCAAUAUUAAAAUGUUGCUUUUGUUAGUAUUCUUUGUUAAAAUAUCCUCUUAAUAUAUGCAAAUUUUCAUUUCUAAAUAUCCUAAAUAUAAUUCUAUGCAAAAAUGGGAAAACAUUCUACUGCACAAAAUACAUGAUUAUUGUAUCCCUGGAUGCUGCUAUUUCUGAAUUAUAACAGGUAACGUCUUGAGAAACAAUUUGUCUCUCCUUGCUCACAUGACCACUUUUGAUUGUCAUAAUCCACUAGGCAAUUUACCCAUACAAUUUCCAUUCAUCUGAACAUCUGCAGUAAAUCACUCAAUGGGAUGUACCCAAUGAAAUUAUAGGCAUGUUUAAAUUUAAACAGGAAUAAAUCCACAACAUGAAUUCAUUGCUCUUAAAUACAACGCACUUUCAUCUCCUCUUUUCACUACAUUUGAGUUUCAGCAUUUUAAAAUACAAUGUAGAGAGAUAUGCAGACUACCUUUUCAGCACUAUCUAGAACAACCUCUGAGAAUAUUCAAUUGGCCAGAACUAGAUAAGCAUAUUUGGAAGUCUUUUAUUUCAAAAGUCAUCUGAAAGCAAACCUUCUAUACAUAUCUCUAUAACUGGUUUUAGUUAGUAGCAAGCAUAUCAAAAUAAGGCUGUACAUUUCUGGGAUCACUGUCUCCAAAGUCAAUUGUAUAUCUUUCUAUGUGUCACGUUAAAUAAAUGUUUGGAUACCACUUAAUUGUCCAAAAUACAAUACUUUUAAUGUAUGUAUGUUUUUAUAUUAAACAGUACUGGCAAACUGCAAAA